AUGUCAUCAACGAAGAAGAAUUUUUCUCAAAUUGCCACCCCUCUUAAUCAAUUACUAAAGAAGAAUAUUCCAUAUAUCUGGACCUGGGAUCAUGAGAUGGUAUUUGAUGACCUUAAAGAAAAACUUAUUACCGUACCUGUUCUGGCUUAUCCCGAUUUCGCAAGAGAAUUUUUUCUAUUUACAGACACCUCUAAGAUUGCAUUGGGAGCUAUACUUGCACAGAAAGACCCCAA